AUGCCCGUGCCCCACCCCCGGACUCGGUCACCCAUCAUCGCCCCACUCGUGGGCCCGUUGCUCGGCGGGUGCCGGUCCGUCGACCACUACGAAAAGCUAAACCGGAUCGCCGAGGGUUCCUACGGCGUCGUUUACCGGGCCCGCGAUCGCCAGACGGGCGAGAUCGUCGCCUUGAAAAAGCUCAAGCUCGAGAACGAAAAGAACGGCUUCCCGGUCACAACCUUGCGAGAGAUCCACUCGCUUCUGAUCUCGAAGCAUGAGAACAUUGUCAACGUCAAGGAGAUUGUCGUUACCAACAGCUUGAGUGGUAUCUUUCUUGUCAUGGAGUUUGUCGAGCAUGACCUCAAAUCCCUGAUGGAGUCCAUGUCCACACCGUUUCUCCAAUCCGAGGUCAAGACCUUGAUGAUUCAGUUGCUCUCGGCCAUCGCGCUUCUGCACCAGAACUGGAUCGUCCAUCGCGAUCUCAAGACGUCCAACUUGCUCAUGAACAAUCGCGGUCAGAUCAAGGUCGCUGAUUUCGGGCUCGCUCGAAAGUUUGGAAGUCCUCUGGGGCACAUGACUCAACUCGUCGUCACGCUUUGGUAUAGAGCCCCCGAGCUGUUGCUGGGGGCGACAGAGUACAACACUGCCGUCGACAUGUGGUCAAUCGGCUGCAUCUUUGCCGAACUCGUCAACAAAGAACCGCUCUUCCCUGGUCGUGGCGAGAUUGAUCAACUCGGCAGAGUCUUCAAACUCCUGGGCACCCCAAACGAGAAGUCCUGGCCAGGCAUGAUGAGCCUACCGGUGGCAAAGACAGUCACGUUCCCGAACCAACCAGUGAGCACCUUGCGGUCCCAGUUCCCAUAUCUGACCGAGAACGGUCUCGACUUGAUGAACAAGCUGCUGGCAUACGAUCCAAAGAAGCGUAUCACAGCGGAGCAAGCACUUCGGCAUCCCUACUUUAGUGAGUCCCCAACGCCAAAGGAUCCCAGUCUCUUUCCAACCUUCCCAAGCAAGUCGGCUGGCGAGCGACAAAAGCGCUACGACAGCCCCUCCGCCCCCCACGCGGCUCACGGCGACGGUGCCGGCGAUGAUGGACAUGCCAGGUCUAUCUUUGACUUUGAGAGCAAAGAGUCUGUGGGCUUCCGGUUGCGGAUCUGA